AUGUGCACCUUCUCCAAAUUCCGGAUCAAAUCCACCCUAACCCUGGCCCCUUUCUUCCUCCACGCGCCGGACACGUCCGUCCGCGUGCCGGACAGAUUUUCUGCCGCCGCUCGCAGCCAGUGGCUAGGCGCCACAUGGCAGCCGCCGUCGCCACCGACCGCAGGCCCGCCGAGGCCCGAGCCGCCGCCGCCCCGCGCGCGCCUCCUCCUCCAGCGCUCCCGCACGCCGCCCUCAUCCUCCCGUCGGCGAGCGCCGCCCGAGCGCGUCCCCGCCGGCCGGCCAACCGCGCCGCCGCCCGUCUCCGCCCGUCCGCCCGCGUCCGUCGCCGGCGCGCGCCUCGCCGACGACCGCGCCGCCGCGCCCGUCCCCGCGCCACUCCGGCCGCGUCCCCGCCGGCGCCUCCUCCUCCUUCCUCGCCCGAAACUCCGGCGAGCCGCUGCCUCGGCGUCCGUGCGCCCCGAUCCAGAUCCACCGCACGGUUGA